AUGACUAGUGCUUUUCUUCUCUUUCUGCUUUACAUACCAGUGAUUUAUGGUACAGCCAGUAAUUCCCUGUCUGAUUGCAAUGCAGUAGCUGCCAAGUUUGACACAACAUGUGGUGGAAUAGCUGCUUCAUCAGUUACAGCUAUGACAGGAGUAAAUGUAACUUGUAGCUCAGGUUUUACGAGUACGACAUGUCCUGGUACCUAUUCUGGUAGUGUAUGCGUUUUUUCACAUAAACUCUGUGUUACAUGUUCUGGAAGUUCACCAGUCACUAUUCGUGUUCAGUCCAACGGAUUACCACGAUAUUGUCCGAACGUUCCUGUUACUCUCGUCGGUACGACUAUUGAUUUUACUGUUAAUUUCAAUCCGGAUGUGAAUAUUAAUUCCCCAGUACAUAAUCCAUCAUCAGCAUCAGCAUUGUAUGGGAUCGUUUGCAACAUUAGCAGCCAAAUGACUGUCCCAUCUGUAUCAAAUUUUGUUUUGAAUUCAGGUUCAGCAUCAGUAUCAACACUUGCUGGUGUCAGCAUUGAUGGAGUAUCCAUCGAAAAUGUCAAUAGUGCAAAUAAUGUGGAUCCUUUUUAUCCACCAGAUGUUACGUUAACUGAAAGGGUAGAUGCAUGUUUAGGACAUCCAAACUUUCAGAGUGUGUACCAUUAUCAUAUGGCAUCAGGAUGCGCAGUGAAUCGACCUUCGGGUAGUAUUUCUUCGUGUACUGGUACAACUGCCUGUAAUACAAAUGUUUCUAAUUAUGGGAUUUCAUUAUUCAAUAACAACCGCAACCUAACAGUGAUUGGAGUUGCCAAAGAUGGACAUGUAAUCUACGGACCAUAUUAUUCGUCAGGCUCUGAGGCUGCAGAACAAGGAUUACAUAUGGAUGAUUCUCGAUUUGGUUUCAUUAUUAUGGAUACGAAUGAAGCUUUGUUUGGCGUAUUACAUGGCAAUGUUCGAGAUAUAACUAUGAAAUUUUCAGUUAAUUUACCAAAAAAGCGUAGACACGGUGGUGCAAGCUCAAUUCGAUUUGCCCGACUUCGAAUAGAAAAACGACGAAACUACAUACGAAAAGUAUCUGAAACGGCUGUACAAUGCUUCAUUACUGAUGAUAAAGUAAAUGUUGAUGGAAUCAUACUCGCAAAUGUAGCCGACUUCAAUAGUGAACUUCAUCAAACUGAUGUGUUUGAUCCCCGUAUUCAAGCAAAAAUUCUCCAGCAAGUCACUAUUAUCUAUGGUGGUGAGAUUGGUUUCAAUCAAGCGAUCGAAUUAGCUAGUGAAACGCUUGGAAACAUCAAGUUUAUACAAGAGAAAAAAAUUCUUUCUCAGUAUUUUGAUGAAGUAUGUAAAGAUUCCGGUCAAUAUUGCUGCGGUCUAGAAGAUACACUGAAAAAACUGGAAAUAGGUGAUAUAGAAACGUUGAUCAUUUGGGAAAAUUUCGAUGUAACGCGUUAUAUUUUACGUAAUAAUCAAACAGAAGAAAUGAAAACUCUCUAUUUACGGUCUAAUCAAGAAAAGGAAAAAUCUUAUUUUCAAGAUAAGGAUACAGGCAUGGAACUGGAGCAAAUCGAACAAAUACGAUUAGUAGAUUGGUUUGUCAAUAAUUACAAAAAAUUUGGUAUCAAACUCGAAAUCGUAACAGACAAGAGUCAAGAAGGUUCUCAGUUUGUACAUGGUUUUGAUGGUAUUGGAAAUGAUGACAGUUAUGGAUUCUUCCUCGAUUAA